CAUGUUCAUCUUGUUAUGGGCUGGCUUGGUGUUGCUGAAACAGAACGUCUGUCAACUGUCUUUUCUCUCCUCGUAUUCUUCAGGUUUGAUUUCUGCGCUAUCGACUCCGAGAAGCGCCCGUCUGAGAAUUUGGGUCAGGUUUUGUUUGGCGAGAGAAUUGAGCCCUCUCCCUACAAGUUUGAGUUCAAGAAGAAGGUGGAUUGUAAGCCGGUGUGUACUAAAUCCUACAACACCAACAAGCCAGAGGACAAAGCCCACCUGGACUUCCUGAAGAAAGGCAUGUUGCUCAACUACCAGCACCACUGGAUAGUGGACAACAUGCCGGUGACCUGGUGUUAUGACGUGGAGGACGGACAGAAGUUCUGUAACCCAGGGUUUCCCAUUGGCUGCUACGUCACUGAGGCGGGACGACCCAAAGACGCUUGUGUUGUCAACUCUGACUUUAAGGACAAAGACACAUUCUACGUCUUCAACCAUGUUGACAUCACCAUCCACUAUCAUGUGGUGGAGAACGAGGCUGCUGGGGCUAGACUGGUCGCUGCCAAGAUGGAGCCCAAGAGCUAUAAACACACCAAAGUGGAGGCCCCCGACUGUGCAGGAGGGCCCAUGUACCUGAACAACAAGUUCAGUGGAGAGCUGAAGAUCGGCUAUACCUACUCUGUCCAGUUUGUGGAGGACACGCACAUCAGAUGGGCAUCACGUUGGGACUACAUUCUGGAGUCCAUGCCCCACACCAACAUUCAGUGGUUCAGCAUCAUGAACUCUCUGGUGAUCGUUCUCUUCCUGUCUGGUAUGGUGGCUAUGAUCAUGCUGAGGACUCUACAUAAGGACAUUGCCAGAUACAACCAGAUGGACUCUGUGGAAGAUGCCCAGGAGGAGUUUGGCUGGAAGCUGGUCCAUGGAGACGUCUUCCGGCCUCCCAGGAAAGGCAUGCUCCUCUCUGUCUUUCUGGGAUCAGGAACUCAGAUCUUCAUCAUGAUGUUCGUCACUCUCUUCUUUGCCUGCCUGGGCUUCCUCCCCGCGAACCGCGGUGCCCUGAUGACGUGUGCCGUGGUGCUCUGGGUCCUACUGGGCACACCAGCCGGCUACGUGGCUGCCCGCUUCUACAAGUCCUUUGGUGGGGAAUGGAAGACUAACGUCCUGCUGACCUGCUUCCUGUGUCCUGGGGUUGUGUUUGCUGAUUUCUUUGUGAUGAAUCUGAUCCUGUGGGGAGAGGGCUCCUCUGCAGCCAUGCCCUUUGGCACCCUGGUGGCCAUCUUGGCUCUGUGGUUCUGCAUCUCUGUCCCCCUCACCUUCAUAGGGGCCUACUUCGGCUUCAAGAAGACCGGGAUUGAGCACCCUGUGCGGACCAAUCAGAUCCCUCGUCAGAUCCCGGAGCAGUCGUUCUACACCAGAUCUCUCCCAGGGAUCGUCAUGGGGGGGAUCCUCCCGUUCGGCUGUAUCUUCAUCCAGCUCUUCUUCAUCCUCAACAGCAUCUGGUCUCACCAGAUGUACUACAUGUUUGGUUUCCUGUUUCUGGUGUUCAUCAUCCUGGUAAUCACCUGCUCUGAGGCCACCAUCCUACUCUGCUACUUCCACCUCUGUGCUGAGGACUACCACUGGCAGUGGUGUUCCUUCCUGACCAGUGGUUUCAACACGGCCGUCUACUUCCUGGUCUAUGCCAUCCACUACUGUUCUCUCUUCUUCUCCAAGCUCCAGAUCACAGGAUUGGCUAGCACCAUCCUCUACUUUGGUUACACCAUGAUCAUGGCUCUCAUCUUCUUCUUAUUCACAG